GUCACUUUGGACCAACCCGUACCACUUGCCCACCACAACCGGCCUGUCAGGAUGGGCAGCCCACUCAGCCAUGCGGCCCAAAAGAACCGGCAGCUGCUGUUGUACUCCUCGACCCAACUACCCAAGCUGUUGUUCGGGGUUGGCCAGUGCAGUCCCCCUAGGGUUUACGCGUGGAGAGACAACGUCGUCACCCUCCUUCUUCUCCAUCGCCGACAGCUUCAGUUCUGACUCCAUCGUCGGGAGUUCCUUCAACGUUUUGUCCUCCGUCGUCGAGCAAGGCACCGGGAAACAAGGAGGCAAGCUUCAAUCCACCUUCUUCUCCGACUCUGCCUCGUUCGCCAGUGUUCCUUCCUGGACGAGUGACGUCGUGCGGCAUCGCGCCUCUCCUGCCGUCCUCCUGCAUCGUCGCCGUCGCGUCGGCAGCUGCCGUGACCCGCAGCGCCUCGCGCGAUUGUGCCCCCGCAUGGCCCGCGCCUCGUGCAGCCCUACCAUGCGCCGAGGGUCCCCGCCCUCAACCAUCGCGUGCGCCACUGCGCCCUCUCGCCGCGACGGAGUCGGCGUUUCGACGGUCACCGCGAUUGGGUCGCCCUCCUCCUCCGCCGCCGCAGCAGUCCACCCGCGAUCCCAGGCCUCCUGCUUGAGCUCGGCUAAUGUGAGUUCGAUCUUCUGUCUUAUGCGAGCCCAUGCCAGAUCGAUGAACUUUGAAGAACUCAUGCUGGCUCUGAUACCAAAUGAUAGAUACCUAUUUCUAGGGUUCUAUCGAUAGUGUUGGUUGAGUGGGAAUUGAGGGAAUUGAUGAUAGAAUUGAGGAUUGAGAUUGAGAAUUUGGGGAAGAAGAAGAAAAGAAUAACAAUCGGCCGAAGUCGGAUCUGAUGAUGUUAGUCGGGCGCUGGGAAGAUGAAGCAAAAGAUGAGGCCGAGGACGUCGGAAAUGCGAGGAGGAGACCCAGUGAGCUAGAGGAACAACCUUGGGAACAAGAUUUUUUUUUUCGAAGGAAGCGGGGAUGAUAGAAACUUGUAUUUUAGUACUUUAAUUAAUUGUCGGUUUGUUACUAUUUCGGAUUAUUGGGACUAUUUCUGGGAUUGGGGAAUAUUUCAUAAAUCGGGUAGCAGUAGGGAAUUAUCCAUUUUAUUAUAUAAACUGCUUGUAAGUGGGAUUAGGGCACUAAGCAAAAUAAACCUAAAUCCUAAUU